AUGGUAGAUUUAGUUUCUGGUUUAGAAAUUUCCAUCAGAUGGUGUGAUGUCAAAUUGGGAGCUUUUGACAAUGCCAAGCACAGAACAUAUGUGGAUUUAAAGAAAGGACCACAUGUUCCAAUUAAAAUCAACACUGCCCUGAGACUUGAUGGAAGUGAAGCUGAAGAUGUUGAAGUGCCUAAAAAUCCUUCUGAGUUCACUGAGGAAGAUGAGAAAGAAGUGCACAAGGAUAACAAGGCUAUGAACAUUCUGUUCAAUGGUAUUGAUGAUGACAUGUUUGAUAGUGUUAUCAACUGUCCAACUGCAAAGGAAGUAUGGGACACUAUUCAAACUUUAUGUGAAGGCACUGAUCAACAAGAUGAAGAACUGGAAAAGAACUCCAAGAGGGAGAAAACUGUGGCUCUUGUGGCAGAAAAUGAAGAGGAAGAGGAUAAGGCAUUAAAGUCUGUGAUUGCUGGAAAGACCUCAAGUAGCUCUGCUUGUGAAGGAAAGAAGGAUGAUGGAAAGAAGAAAGGAAAAGUCAUUGAGGAAGAUGAAGAAUCUUCAGCUCAAGAUGAGCUAGAUGAUCUUGAUGAACAUCUAGCAUUUCUUGCCAGAAAAUUCUCCAAACUCAAAUUCAAAAGAAAUGCUAUCAUCUCUAGACCAUUCAACAGAGGAAAUCAAUCCAAACCAUCUGGUAUGGUUGAUAGAUCAAAAUUCAAAUGCUUCAACUGUGGUCUACCUGGACACUUCUCUAAUGAGUGCAGAAGACCUUCUGCUGAAAAGAAAGGAUCCUCCUCAGAGAAUGUAGAUUACAGAAGAAAAUAUUUCGAUCUACUCAAGCAAAGUAAGGAAAAGGCAUUCAUAACUGAGGAUGGUGACUGGGCUGCUGAUGAAGGUGAUUCUGACAUUGAGGAGCAUGUCAAUCUUGCCUUGAUGGCAAUUGGAGAUGAUGCUGAUUCUUCCACCACCAGCAAUGGACAGGUAAAAACAACCAACACAGCUGAUCUCACUAAAUCUGAAUGUAAACAAAUCAUUGAUGACAUGUCUAAUGAAAUCUAUAACCUUAGAGUCUCUCUUAAAUCUCUAACAAAAGAAAAUGUUAGAAUUAAAGGGACUAAUGAUUUGCUUGCUGAAAAAAAUGGAAAGCUUGAAACUGAAUUAAUCUAA